AUGGCAUCAAAGACUGAAGUUGUAUCAACCACGGUAUUCAAAGUGGUCAACCACCCUUUAUGUGCUGCCAAAAUAUCAUUGCUUCGAGACAGAAGAGUCAAACCAAAGCAGUUUCGUGAGAUUGUUUUCGAGAUUUCGCUCAUGUUGGCUUAUGAAUGCACCGCUGGCCUGGAUUUGAUGCAAACUAAAAUGCUUGAGUCUCCUGUCGGUCCCUUUCAAGGUGUAAAGCUGGCAGAUAAGAUUGCCAUAUUCCCAAUCCUCAGAGCUGGUCUUGGUAUGGUUGAAGGAUUCCAAACAAUGAUGCCCGCGGCCAGAGUACACCAUCUGGGUCUCUAUCGUGAAAAGACUACACUAUUACCAGUCGAAUACUACAACAAGCUACCAUCUGAAUGCAAUGUAGACGUGGGAAUAGUGGUGGACCCAAUGUUGGCCACAGCUGGGUCAGCCAUCGCAGCCGUCAGCAUAAUCAAAGACUGGGGACUAAAACGAAUCAAACUGUGUUGUAUAUGUGCUUCAUCGCAAGGAGUCAACGCAUUCAGGGAUGCUCAUCCUGAUGUCGACUUGUUUGUGGCUACGAUGGAUGAGGAAUUGAAUGAUCACGGCUACAUAGUACCUGGACUUGGAGACGCCGGUGAUCGUCUAUAUAAAACGUUUGCUUGA